CUGGUGAGCUCCAAGCGCUCGCUGGAGCAGUGCGACCGGGUCUCGGCCAGCUCCUUCUGCCGCCGCCGCCUGCCCAGCCUGCUGCUCCGCCUGCGCAUGGCCCAGAGCCUGCGCGACGCCGUCACCUUCAUCGAGCAGGGCCACGUGCGGGUGGGGCCCGAGGUGGUGACCGACCCCGCCUGCCUGGUGACCCGGGCCAUGGAGGAUUUCAUCACCUGGACCGACUCCUCCCGCAUCCGCCAGCACGUGCUGAACUACAACCAGGAGCGGGAUGACUUCGACCUGGCCUGCUAGCGGGGCAGGGACCCCUGGGGGUUGCUGGCUAAUGCACCCCACCAUCCUGGGAAGAGACUCUGGGCCCAGAUGAUGUGCCUCUCCAUGCCACGGAGAGCAGUGCUACCCAGGGGCCAGCUCGUCUGUGUUCUGUCUGUCCUUGCCAAGAGAUGCCUGGCCUGGUUGUCUUAAGCCUGCUCCCCCCUCUCUCUCUCUCUCUCUCUCUCUCUCUCUCUCUCUCUGCAAAGGGACUCAGUACACUGUUGUGUCACCAAGUCUGGUACCACGCACCUCCUCUGUGAAGGAACUCCUUGCCCAGAUGGACCAAGCCUGGUACCACCCACCUUCUCUGCAAGGGGACUUGUGGCUCAAUUAUGCCAUCGUACCUGCUGCCUGUCCCCUCCCACUAAAGGGAUUUCUGACCCUGAUGUCAUUACUACGAUGAGCUAUUAAGCAGAUGUCAUAAGUCACUGUCCCUAAGCCUCUGCCUCUGAUGUGAUGAUAUACCCUCCUGCUGCAAAGGCCAUUAGCAAAAUAGACUGAAUGCUGUUAUGUCAUCACCACCAAAGGGCCAUCUAGAAGGGACUGAUGAACAAAUGGCUCUCCUGGCCAGAUCUGUUGUUCAAAUGUGAUGUUAGAAGAGAUACAGGGUUUUAUAGUUUGUCUUGUCAAAGGACUUCUUAACCAGCUUCCCUUUUGCUUCUCAUAAUAGUCCUUCUUUCAAAAAUAAAUCAAUGGGGAUAAUUCUGUUUUCAGAACUGAUCUUGGCUAAUUAUGCUAACGUUGUAAUCUGCAGCAUUAUCUACACCAGUCAUCAUAAUUUAUAUGUAAUAAAACUGAAAUUCAGAUUGCUUCUUAGAAAAUCUAUUUAAUUUCUUGAAAGCAAGAACUGAGCUCUUUCUUGGUAAUAUUUUUCCCCUGUCCUACUGUAGUAACAUUGAAUGUGUUCUGGUUUCACUGCUGAACUGGUUUCACUACUUAACCAACAAUUAAAUCUAAUUGAAUUUUAAAUGGUUCAUUAUUAAUUUACCUGUGGAUUUGCAGGCACCUUUCCUAGGUAUGUUCUGUCUUCGUAACAAUCACAAAUGCAUUUUCUGUUGUCUUUAUUGUUAGUGUUCUGUUGCAUAGUAUCUAUUACAUCUUGCAGAUGUA